AUGUUGAUGUUUCGAGUGGGUCCCAAACGACACCACCUCCUCGUCACCCACUUCGAGCCACUUGACUGCCUCAUUGUGUGCUGCAAGUUCUUCCUCAAUCUUGUGAUAUACUUCCAAGAGCUGGCCUACUGGUCUGCCUCACCUGCCUCCAUUGAGCCAAAUUUCCCCAGCCUACGUACAGUAAAGCGAUGA